AUGGAUUACCGUGGUGAUACACGUACUAGUAACGUCCACCGUCCUCGGGCCACGACGACUCCUUUCUUGCGCUCCUGGAAAGCCAAUCCUUCCUUCCCUCUUCUGACGCUUUUCUUCGCCAUCCCAGAAUCAUCAUCAACCAGCUUCUCUUUCGUUGAAGCUCUAUCUUUCUUCCACUCGUUUAUUUAUCUUGGAAUCCCACCCCUCUUUCAACUCUUCGCGACUUUGCGCUACUGUUAUCUGACAAUCUUUCAAUGUGUUCCACUUGGGUAUACCGAUACCUGA